CUUCGCUGGAUCACAAACAAACAAAACAGCCGAACAAUCCUAUAAAACCAUUUCUCUUAAAUCCUUUACAACACACAAUAAAGUUUUUGCCAAAAGAAAAACAAACAAUAAAAGUUUUUUUUUUAAUCUUUCGCUAAGUCUCGUGAACGAUGGUGUCUAAGAACGUUUUGGUAACCGGCGGUGCUGGAUAUAUCGGAAGUCACACCGUGCUUCAACUGCUCACCGGCGGUUACUCCGCUGUAGUUGUCGAUAACCUCGACAAUUCCUCCGCCGUUUCGCUCCAGCGCGUGAAGAAACUCGCCGCAGAACACGGCGAACGCCUCUCCUUCCACCAGGUUGAUCUCAGGGAUAGACCUGUCCUUGAGAAGAUCUUCUCAGAAACAAAGUUUGAUGCAGUGAUACACUUUGCUGGACUUAAAGCAGUCGGUGAGAGUGUAGACAAGCCUUUGCUGUAUUAUAAUAACAAUCUUGCUGGGACUAUUACGCUUUUGGAAGUUAUGGCUCAACACAACUGCAAAAAUCUUGUGUUUUCAUCAUCAGCAACUGUGUAUGGCUCACCAAAAGAAGUUCCUUGCACAGAGGAGUUUCCAAUCUCAGCAUUGAACCCAUACGGACGAACAAAGCUAUUCAUUGAGGAGAUCUGUCGUGAUGUAUAUGGCUCUGACCCGGAAUGGAAGAUCGUAUUGCUUAGGUAUUUCAACCCUGUUGGUGCACAUCCUAGUGGUGACAUUGGUGAAGAUCCUCGGGGUAUUCCAAACAAUCUCAUGCCUUUUGUACAGCAAGUCGCUGUUGGAAGGAGACCUCAUCUCACUGUCUAUGGAAGUGACUACAACACAACAGAUGGAACAGGGGUUAGAGAUUACAUUCAUGUAAUGGAUUUAGCUGAUGGACACAUAGCCGCUCUCCGCAAGCUAGAGGAUUGCAAAAUCGGUUGUGAAGUGUACAAUCUUGGAACUGGAAAUGGAACAUCUGUUCUUGAAAUGGUUGAUGCCUUUGAAAAAGCGUCUGGGAAGAAAAUCCCUCUGGUGACUGCUGGACGUCGUCCGGGAGAUGCUGAAGUUGUCUAUGCAUCAACGGAGAGAGCAGAAAGCGAAUUGAAUUGGAAAGCCAAAUACGGGAUUGAGGAGAUGUGCAGGGACUCGUGGAACUGGACUAGUAAUAAUCCUUAUGGAUAUGAUUCCUCUGAUGCCUGAAGAUUUCUCAUUAACCCUCGUUAUUCUUCUUUUCUUUUUAACUUAUUUGUCUACCUAUACCAUGUCCAUGUGUUAAACACUCACAGGAAAAAAAGCUGAUUUAAAGAAAAUAUUGAAGUUGCGUUGUAUAUUAUUAUCAUUUUAAUAAUAAUAAUAAUAAUAAUCAUAUCUUUACUG